AUGUCUUACAACCGUGAUAAUGACUACAACUCCAGCCGCUCUGGUGGUUAUGGCGGUAGCGACAACGACAACUACGGUUCCUCCCGUACCGGAGGCUCAGACGCCUAUGGCUCCAAUCGCUCCGACAAUAACUCGUUUGGUCGCGAUAAUGACAACUAUGGCUCUUCCGGCGGCUACGGCUCCAGCCGCUCCAAUGAUAAUACCUCCUAUGGUUCCAAGAAUGAUUCCUAUGGUUCUAGUGGCCCCGGAUCUGGUUCCUCGGGUAAUACCUAUGGGUCCAACAAGGAUAGCUACGGGUCGAACCGUGAUGACUCUUAUGGUUCUGGCUCUAAGACUGAUAGCUAUGGGUCUGGCUGGUCUGGUCGUGACAAUGACAACAGCAAGUCAUAUGGAUCUUCCAAGAAUGACAGCUACGGUUCCAGUGGAUCCUACGGCUCCGGUCGCGACAAGGACAAGGACAAUGACAACUCUUAUGGAUCCUCCUCGUCUCGGAAGGAUACCUACGGGUCCAGCCGUGACAACGAAAACGAUAACCCCUACGGCUCCUCAUCCAAGAAGGACACCUACGGAUCCAGCGACUCCUAUGGAUCGAAGAAUGAUAGCUAUGUAUCCUCCGGUUCCACCUCCAAGAAAGAUACCUACGGAUCCAGCACCUCUAGCUCCAAGAAUGAUAGCUACGGGUCGAACAACCGUGACGAUGACUCCUAUGGGUCGUCGGGCUCUACCUCCAAGAAAGAUAGCUACGGUUCCAGCCGUGACAACGAUUCGUACGGAUCGUCGGGUAAUACCUUCGGCUCGAAGAAUGAUAGCUACGGAUCAAGCGGGUCGAGCUCCAACCGUCGCGACAAUGACUCGUACGGGUCCAAGAACGAUAGCUACGGCUCGUCAGGUGACUCGUAUGAUUCUAACCGUCGGGAUAACGAUUCCUCGUAUGGGUCUGGAUCGAACAGGAACCAGGGGUCGGGUUACGGACAGAGUGAUUCCUACGGUGAUCGGUCCAGCGGGUAUGGGAAUGAUCGGUAUUAA